GGGGCGGAGGAGCUCGCGCGCUGAGUCUUCGGACCCCGCCAGGGGCGGGGGUCGUGGACGGCCCGAGCUGGGAGCGGGAAGGCGAAGGAGUCAGGUGAACCGGGACCCUGUGCCGGGAACUGAGCCACACAGGAUCUAGGRAGACAGUUGGUGAAAAGUCCAGCCUGGGUCCCUGAGAGUAGCAGAAAGGAGAUGCAGCUGCUGUUGGCCCUGUUUGGAGUCCUGCUGGGGGCACCCAGGGCUCCAGCCUUGAACCUAGAGGCCUCUGAGGAAACGGAGCUGGAGCCCUGCCUGGCCCCCAACCUGGAGCAGAAAGAGCAGGAGCUGACGGUGGCACUUGGGCAACCUCUGAGGCUGUGCUGUGGGAGGGCCGAGCGUGGUGGCCACUGGUAUAAGGAGGGUAGUCGCCUGGCACCUGCUGGCCGAGUACGGGGCUGGAGGGGCCGCCUGGAGAUUGCCAGCUUUCUACCAGAGGAUGCUGGCCACUACCUCUGCCUAGCACGUGGCUCUAUGACUGUCCUGCACAAUCUCACCUUGGUUGCAGAUGACUCCUUGACCUCCAGCAAUGAUGACAAGGACCCCACGGCCCACAGGGACUCCUUGAAUGUGCACAUUUACCAUCAGCAAGCACCCUACUGGACACACCCCCAACGCAUGGAGAAGAAACUGCAUGCAGUGCCUGCUGGGAACACAGUCAAGUUCCGCUGUCCAGCUGCAGGCAACCCCGUGCCCACCAUCCGCUGGCUCAAGGAUGGACAGGACUUCCAUGGGGAAAAUCGCAUAGGAGGCAUUCGACUGCGCCACCAGCACUGGAGCCUGGUGAUGGAAAGUGUGGUGCCCUCGGACCGUGGCACAUACACUUGCCUCGUAGAGAACUCUCUGGGCAGCAUCCGCUACAGCUAUUUGCUGGAUGUGCUGGAGCGGUCCCCGCACCGGCCCAUCCUGCAGGCGGGGCUCCCAGCCAACACCACAGCUGUGGCGGGCAGUGACGUGGAGCUGUUGUGCAAGGUGUACAGCGAUGCCCAGCCCCACAUCCAGUGGCUGAAGCACAUCGUCAUCAAUGGCAGCAGCUUCGGAGCUGACGGCUUCCCCUAUGUGCAAGUCCUCAAGACAGCAGACAUUAACAGCUCAGAGGUGGAGGUCCUUUACCUCCGGAAUGUGUCAGCUGAGGACGCAGGCGAGUACACCUGCUUGGCAGGCAACUCCAUUGGCCUCUCCUACCAGUCAGCCUGGCUCACGGUGCUGCCAGAAGAGGACCUCACGUGGACAGCAACAGUGCCAGAGGCCAGGUAUACAGACAUCAUCCUGUAUGCAUCAGGCUCCCUGGCUUUAGCUGUGCUCCUGCUGCUGGCCGGGCUGUAUCGUGGACAGGCACUCCACAGCCAGCACUCCCGCCAGCCUGCCACCGUGCAAAAGCUGUCCCGUUUCCCUUUGGGCCGACAGUUCUCCCUGGAAUCGGGCUCCUCAGGCAAAUCAAGCUCAUCCCUGGUGCGAGGCGUCCGGCUCUCCUCCAGUGGCCCUCCCUUGCUCGCUGGCCUCGUGAAUCUAGACCUUCCUCUUGAUCCGCUGUGGGAGUUCCCCCGGGACAGGCUGGUGCUCGGGAAGCCCCUAGGYGAGGGCUGCUUUGGGCAGGUGGUGCGCGCAGAAGCCUUCGGCAUGGACCCUGCCCAUCCUGACCAAACCAGCACUGUGGCUGUCAAGAUGCUCAAAGACAAUGCCUCCGACAAGGACUUGGCGGACCUGGUCUCUGAGAUGGAAGUGAUGAAGCUGAUCGGCCGACACAAGAACAUCAUAAAUCUGCUGGGUGUCUGCACCCAGGAAGGUCCCCUAUAUGUGAUCGUGGAGUGUGCUGCCAAAGGAAACCUUCGGGAGUUCCUCCGGGCCCGCCGCCCCCCAGGCCCUGACCUCAGCCCUGAUGGGCCCCGGAGCAGUGAGGGGCCUCUCUCCUUCCCAGCUCUGGUCUCCUGCGCCUAUCAGGUGGCCCGAGGCAUGCAGUAUUUGGAGUCUCGGAAGUGCAUCCACCGCGACCUAGCUGCCCGUAAUGUUCUGGUAACUGAGGACAAUGUGAUGAAGAUUGCUGACUUUGGGCUAGCCCGUGGUGUGCACCACAUUGACUACUAUAAGAAAACCAGCAAUGGCCGCCUGCCAGUAAAGUGGAUGGCACCAGAGGCCUUAUUUGACCGAGUAUACACGCACCAGAGUGAUGUGUGGUCAUUUGGGAUCCUGCUGUGGGAGAUCUUCACACUUGGAGGCUCCCCGUAUCCUGGUAUCCCUGUAGAAGAAUUGUUCUCGUUGCUACGGGAAGGACAUCGAAUGGACCGGCCCCCAAACUGCCCCCCAGAGCUGUAUGGACUGAUGCGUGAGUGCUGGCACGCAGCACCUUCUCAGAGGCCCACUUUCAAGCAGCUGGUGGAAGCACUGGAUAAGGUCCUGCUGGCCGUCUCUGAGGAGUACCUAGACCUUCGUCUGACCUUUGGACCCUACUCCCCCUCCAGUGGGGACGCCAGCAGCACCUGCUCCUCCAAUGACUCUGUUUUCAGCCACGAACCCCUGCCACUGGAGCCGAGCCCCUUCUCCUUCCCUGGAGUGCAGACAUGAACAAUGGCCCAGGAGCCCCUGGCUUAGCCACAAUCAGACACAGCUUUUGACUUUGGCUAUCCCAGUCCCCUUCUUUAGGGUGCUGUCCCAGAUCUCUAGUUCCACUUUGGGAAAGUCCAUCUGGUCCUGGGGUUCCUAUUUAAGGCUUUCUGCUCUGCCUUGGUCUCCCAGUCCAGAGUUCAACCCUAGUCUCAGGUCCUGUCCUUGCCCUUAGAGUAUGAUGCCACUACCUAAUGGCCUAAGUGUCAGGAUGCUGCUCAGCCUCCUGGGCCUUGGCACUCAGUUCCUGUCUCUUGGUUGGCUGUGCCUGGCUACAGAGCUGUUGUCACACCUCCCUCCUCCCUGGCAACAACUGAGAGAUUAGAUGCCUCUGAACCCCAUUUCCCCAAGUACCCCCACCCCCUGCUGUUUGUCCCAGCAUCUUGGUGGAAGUAUUGGCUUCGGUGCCCCCAAGAGACUGA